UCUCGUACAGAUAAGUCUACAGAGCUCCGAAAAAAAUUCAUAUUUCGAGUUUUCUAUAUAUUUUGUAAUUUUGCAUUUGUGUUAUUCGGUUUUCCAAAACUUGUUUAACUCAAUCUUGAAAAAAAAACUCAGACGAUCAGCGGAGGUAUAUCUUGUUUCGGAAGGUGUUUGUGUGACUAUCUAGUGAAGGAGUGAUUCGAUUUGAAUCUGUAGUGAUAUACCUUGAUCCGAUCCGUUCUUACGACAUAAUGCGAGAACGCAAGAAUCAGAUCAUGUUGCUGCUGGAGAACAUGGGCUCGACCCACAACGAGAUCGUCCGCCGGGCCACCGAGGAGCUUCAGGAGGAGUGCGACGAUGCCGAUAGCACUGUUUUCAUCUGCUCCGUGAUGCGAUCGAAUGAAAUCGUCAAAAUGCGCCAGAAUGCUGCCAAUAUACUGGCCUUGCGAUUGGCCGAAGCUCCAGUAUGGCAACAGCUGAGCGAGCAACAGUCUGCUACGAUUAUGACAGAGCUGUUCGAGAGCCUGAAGUCCCUGGAGAACGAUGGGAAUGAGCUUCUGCAGCGCUCGGUUCUCCGCAACUUGGGUCUGGCCAUGUCCCAAGAGCGUGGAUCGUGGACCGAGGCCGUCUUUGAUUACAUCGAAGCUAUAUGCCUGUCAGUCGAUGUGACGCGCCGUCACUUGGGAUCCAUAAUCUACAGUCUGCUAGCGGAUGCCUCGCCCGAGGUGUUUGUCCAUCAGAUGGAGCGAGCUCAACGCAUCUUCCUGGAUGGCCUCCACUUGGCCAAUGUCGAGGGUUGUCUGGUGACCCCGAUCACCGACCGUCUGCUGUCGGGUUGGAUCAGAGCCCUUGUUGUGGGACACAACCAUUUCAGGACUGGCGAGACGCUUAGCUCGUCCAUGCCACUGGUGAUGCGGCUCUUCCAGCUCUGCCCGUAUCAGCCCAACGAGGUCAAGUGCGUCAGGGGCUUUGAAAUGCUCCGAACCCUGCACGAAUACAAACCGCUCUUCCUCUGGAAGCAUCUCGGCAUGAUCCUCGAAGUACUACUGAUUCUGGUCUCUGACAUUAAUCUGCCCAUGCCCAUGCGGGUCAAAGCUUUGCGGAUGCUGGGCAAGAUUGUGAUGGAGAAGCUCUCAGAUACUGCUAAGCUACAGAUGCUCGAUGAUGUCCUGAUGGCUUUGCAUCGCCUGCUGGCCGUUGAACCGGCUUUGGACGCGGAGGGCGAGGAGGACUACCUUGGGUUGUGUCUCGAAGGACCGUCCAUUCUAGCAGCUGGAGUGGAGACCGUGAAGCAGUUGGCCACAAAGUCAAAUGGCAAUCGACUGGCUGCCCGAUGCCUGAAACUCUUUAAUGCCCAUUUGGAUACCAAACCGAAGCCCGUACAGCGUUUAGGAGUCUACGUAUUCUUCGGCGUUAUGUCGGAGGGAUUCACCGAUCAACUGAAAAUAAAACACCUGAAACGGAUAUUUGAACUGAUCAAGAACGGAUUCAAGGACGAAGAGCCCGUGGUCAGCAGGGCUGCAUACUUUUCCCUAUCCAUGAUUGUGGAGCAUCUGCUCCCGGAGAUCGCCCAACUAGCCGACCGUCUAAUGACCAUUUACUACGAUUAUUUUGAACAAGUGCUCGACUCGUGCCGGGCCACUUCCAGUGGUUCGCACCUGGACUCAAGGCUCUUCUACUCUCUGGAGUUGCUCCUCCAAGGUCUCCGUCCGUCCAUCGUGGAGCGUUAUGUUCCGGAUCUGAUGUCGCGUCUGUUGCAGCUCCUCCAACCGGAGGUUGAUAGCAAGUUUGCGCGCCAAAUGGCGCUCAGCGGCAUUUCCGGUGUUUGCGAUGCAGUCGGUGCUGCCAUGGAGCCGCAUUUCAAUACUGUGGUGGACGCCACCCAGCCGUGUCUCAUCCUCAAUGGCGAGGAUGAUUUGCAACUGAGGGCGCAGGCCAUAAGGGUCUUUGCCGUUUUGGCGCGUGUCAGCAGGGAGAAGUUCACCAAUCUGGCGCCCAUGUUGCUGACCUUCGAUGUGAGUGUCCUGGAAGAGAACCGUUCACCCGAAUCCUUCACGUUCGAGCUGAUGACUGAGCUGUGUGCUGUCAUACCGGACCAGUGCAAGCCCCAUGUGAAGCUGAUUGUAGAGGCGGUUUUCAAGACAUUGAAACGACUCCAAGAAGAUCCAGAGCCAGAUGAGGAGCAGGAGAAUGUAGAAAGCCUCGAGAAUCGAGGGAAUCUCGUGGACGUGCCCGUGCACGAGUUCGACAACGUAAACUAUGAUGAAAUAUUUGGGGAAGAAGAGUCAUCGACGCAAGACGAUGACGAAACCGAGGACGAUAUGGAUGAUGAUCGCAGCGUGGACAGCUCCGAUUUUGACUUAUCCGAUGCCCGCGAGGAGGCCAUUCUAUGCCUCAGAAGCUUGGCUAUUCAUCUGCCUGAAAGCUUCGAACCCUUCAUGAAGGAGGUUAUUCGCAGGUUGGUAGAGUGCCUGGACCUGGACAAGGAGUACGUGAGCAAAGCAGCCUUCGAAACUCUGACCCAAUGUGUGCUGAUUUUGUGGAAAAAAGAAAGCUAUGGAGAGGCCAAGAGACUCUGCACAAAGAUUAUUGGAAAAGCUAUCCUGCACAUGGCCGAUAGCGGGGAAACAAAAGUCGUUAUUGCCGAAAUCGAAUGCAUUCGCAUUCUUCUGACCGCACUGGAGUAUCGGGCGCUGGAAAAGGUGUCUCAGGGACCCAAGAUCUUCACGGUACUCAGGAAUGUACUGCGCAGGAAUAUGGAAUGUCAGGUGAACGAGAACUGGAACUGCUACGACGAUAUGGAAAAUAUCCGACCCAACGAUCCCAGAUAUUGGUGCGAAUCGUAUCACAAGGAAGAGAAACUGGUAGAGAAGGCCAUUGCGACCCUGCCGAUCUUGUGCAAGGCCAUGGGACCGCGACGAUUCACCCAGCAGCUCGAACCUCUGGCCAGGACAUCCUGGUUCUCUCGCGGGGGUUACGAAAAGGAAUGCUACUUCUGUGGCGUUCUCAUAAAGUGUCUGGAUGUAAUGGAGUAUGCAGCGGAUCCUUACUACGAGCUUAUCUGUUCGAGUAUCAGCAAGAAUCUACGCAAUCGCUACGAGCUGGUGCGUCAACGCAGCUUCAAGUCCUUGGGCGACAUUGUUGAUUUGUUGGACCGCAAGCCGGACAAUAUUCUGACGAUUGCACAACCUUUGGUUGGUGUUCUUCGCGAUAAUCGCCGCCUAAUUGGAAUGGAGAGACAAUCGGCACUGAAAGCCAUGUGCAAAAUGAUGAUAUUCGAUCAGAAUAAGUGCCCAGUUCAGGACUUUCUCGAUUUAAUUUUUAAUGAUAAUCCAUUUCUUGCUUUGGAGGAUCUGCAGGCACAGUUUUCGUUGUUCGUUUCGGCUCUCAAUAUCCUUAUCGAUGUCAAGAACGAGGCAGUCCAGUUGUUCAUCUCCGAGAUACUAGAGAUGUUCCUCAAUCUCGUGGACAGGGACCAGUUAGGUACCGAAGAGAAUCUACAAAAGGCCAAGAACCUAGUCGGGGCCAUCAAGGAAGCGCAUCCCGAAGAAUUUAAUGCUGUGGCCUUGAAAUGCGAAUCAGCAGUUGCCCAGUUGUUCCCCUAAAGAUAUCUCUUCGGUAUCUUUACGUUUCAAAAUUCAAGUUUACUUUUCCGGCGUAUCAUUCUGGAUUUAUCCAAAAGCCAAUUGAUUCUUGGCUUCCAAAUUCUUAGUUCAAGAAGUUAAUUUUUGGGAUUAUGCAGUUUUCCGAAAUAUAUAUAUUGCAGUUGGGGUUGCCUCUUGCCCCCCUUUAUUGCCCUUUUCUUAAAGUUUAA